AUGACUCGUGUAACACCACCCUCAACAACAGCGGCUACCGGCCGGAUAUAUUUCCUUGACAUUGGUCUUUCGACAUACCCAGAUCCCAAUGGCCGCAUCAUCACCUGCAAACCGGAUGGCUCUGACGUCCGCGAGCUGGUCACCCAAAUAAAGACACUUCCUGAUGGAAUUGCUGUCGACUCAGACCGCCAACACAUUUACUGGACGAAUAUGGGAGUACCAUCCGCCAAUGACGGGUCCAUUCAACGGUGCGACCUAUCCGGAAACAACAUUGUGACUAUCGUUCCCAAAGGUCAAACCCACACCCCUAAACAAAUGACCAUUGCACACAAGUCACAAAAGCUGUACUGGUCCGAUCGUGAAGGCAUGUGCGUCAUGCGGGCGAACAUGGAUGGCAGUGACAUCGAAGUACUACACCGAUCUGCUCCAGCCGACUCCGACAAACAAUGCACCCUCAACUGGUGUGUGGGCAUCACCGUGGAUGAAGAGGGUGGGUCUGUCUAUUGGUCCCAGAAAGGGCCUCCCCGGGCAGGGCAAGGACGAAUCUUCCGAAUGAACAUUGAAAUGAAUGCCGGAGAAUCAGCGGACCGCAGAACGGAUGUCCAGUGUAUUUUGGAGGGCCUUCCAGAGCCCAUUGACCUGGAACUGGAUACUGGGUCGCAAACACUCUACUGGACUGAUCGCGGUGAUCCUCCCAAUGGAAACACUGUGAACUCUGUGGUCCUACACGCAGAUGCCAAGCUGCAGCCGAAGGUCUUGGUUCGCAAGCUCCAUGAAGGGAUUGGAAUCUCCCUGGACCUCCAAAACGGCCGCAUGUUCUUUGGUGAUCUUGGAGGUGGUCUAUACAGUGCCAAUUUGGACGGGUCCUGUAAGAACACCCUGAUUCCUGAAAUCGGGGGUGUGACUACUGGUAUUUUCUACGUUGAAUAA